AUGCAGGGCUUUUUCGGAUUUGCCUACCCCGAGCUCAAAAAAAGGUUAAUCCAAACCCUAAACGGCAUGCUCACGUCACUAUCCAGGUUUGUGGCCAAAUCCGCCCAACAUGCCAUUCCCUUGUUUAAACUCUUGCCCAAGGAAACCGCCUUCGAAUGGACGGAAGAGUGUGAGCACGCCCUCUCCCAUCUCAAGCAAGCCCUCUCCAACCCACCGGUCUUAUCCCGGCCUGAGGCCAGAGAAAUCCUAUACCUAUAUCUCGUCGUAUCCACCAAGGCCGUCAGCGCGGCCUUAAUACGGGAAACCCCGGAAGACCAGAAACCCAUUUACUUCACAAGCAAAGCAUUCCAAGGCCCCAAGGUCAGAUGCCAACAAAUCGAAAAGGUUGGACUCACAUUAAUAACCGCGGCUCGGAGACUCAGGCACUAUUUCCUAGCCCAUACCAUAGUCGUACGAAUCGAGCAACCCGUGAAACAAUUGCUUGCACGCCCUGAUAUGGCCGGAAGGAUGCUCCGUUGGUCAUUAGAGCUUACAGAGUUCGACAUCAAGUACGAAGGAAGAAAAGCCCUUAAGGCACAAGUCUUGGCAGAUUUCGUGGCCGAAAUGGCCUUCCCCGAAACAACAAACAACAACGCCCGGAGAUGGACCUUAUACGUGGACGGGGCGUCAAGCUUAACCAGCAGUGGAGCAGGGAUCAUUCUAGAAAACGGGGAAGGAACCCUCAUAGAAGUAUCCCUCUCGCUCUCAUUCCCAACAUCCAACAACCAAGCCGAGUAUGAGGCCCUGCUUGCCGGACUGCGCCUCGCAAACGACUUAGAAGCCAAGGAAAUUGAGGUAUUCACCGAAUUUCAACUGGUCGCAUCCCAUAUCUCAGGCGAAUAUCAGGUCAAAAGCGAAGCUCUCGCCGAAUAUCUGGCCCUCGUACGAGAAAGACUAACCCGAUUCAGGAGCGCCAAAGUAAAACACAUCCCAAGGGAGCACAACUCCCGGGCAGACGUCCUAUCGAAACUAGCUAGUACGAGGAAGAAAGGGGGCAACAAAUUCGUAAUCCAGGAAAUAUUGCCAAAAACUAGUACUGAAUCUCCAUCCGCGCUAACACUCGUAAACGCGAUAGGGGAUGCGUCCUGCUGGAUGACGCCCAUAUAUAAUUACCUAACUAGCGACCUCCUGCCCGCCGAUCCCAAAGAGGCCUCCGUAAUCCGAAGGAGAUCCUGCUCGUACGUCUUGGUCGAAAAUCACCUCUACCGACGGGGAUUUUCCAUACCCUCCUCAAAUGCAUAG